UCACUUCUGCAGUCUGUCGCUUGGCCGACCAUCGAGCUCAGACAGUGUCGUGUUGCGUGCAGCAAGGGUGAUCGAACUGGCGUACUAGAUUUCCGCCCCGCCCGUCGUCUCCUUCUGCCAAAUAUCGUGCAAAAUGUCGGGGAUUGGAAAAAUUGGGGAUCGAGAAGUCCGCUGUAACGUCACUCGACAUUCAAGCUGGCGACAGGGCUGAUUUCAGCUCGAAGGAUCAAUGACUUGUAGGUGCUUGCAGCAGUGUACAUCAAAUUCUUGCAAAGUGCAACCAGGGAAUCGCGGUAAGGCGUAAUCGUGGGUGUUGUGACGAUCUUGUGCAGUAGUAGUUUGUUAGGGUUGCGGAGAGAAUUCUUUCGUCAUGGGGAAGAACGAAUUUCUUACCCCCAAGGCCAUCGCGAAUAGGAUCAAGGCGAAAGGGCUCCAGAAAUUGCGAUGGUAUUGCCAGAUGUGUCAAAAACAAUGUCGCGAUGAGAAUGGGUUCAAGUGCCAUUGUAUGUCCGAAAGUCACCAGCGCCAGAUGGAAGUUUUUGGACAAAAUCCUGAUCGCAUUGUGGAUGGGUAUUCGGAAGAAUUCGAGGACCAAUUUUUGGAACAUAUAAAGAGAAGUCAUAGGUUUAGUCGCGUUGCUGCCACCGUCGUGUACAAUGAAUACAUAGCAAACCGGCACCAUGUACAUAUGAAUUCGACAAAGUGGGCAACACUUACCGAUUUUGUGAAGUAUCUAGGUCGUACUGGCAAAUGCAAGGUCGACGAAACCCCGAAAGGAUGGUUCAUGACAUUUAUUGACAGGGAACCGGAGACCCUGUUGAAGGAGGGUUUGAAGAAUAAGAGGGCAAAGGCAGAAGUUGCUGAUGAAGAAAGACAGGAAAGAGCGAUUGCUGAGCAGAUCGAGAGGGCUUCCAAAUCUGUCAAGCCGGAUCAACUCCAGAGUGAAGUGGAGAUGACUGAAAUAUUGGAAAGUCGGGAGGAGAAGGUCGCCUUUUCUCUGGGUGCUUCUUCCUUGAAACCGAAGGAAGAGAAAUCAAGCAAUGGAAGUAUCAGACCGGCUAUGCCUAGUGUAUUUGAGAGUGGACUUGAGGAUAUCGAGAAAAAGCCAGUUGCCUCGGAGAGAGAGGGAAUUACGAGUUUUGGUGAUAAUUCAAGGAAUAAACGGAAGAAAGAUGCGGCUGACGCUUUAGAGGAGAUAAUGAAGGAGCAGGAGCAAGCCAGGGAGAAGGCAAAUCGGAAAGAUCACUGGCUCUGCGAGGGCAUUGUUGUCAAAGUAAUGAGUAAAUCUCUAAUCGAGAAAGGAUAUUACAAGGAGAAAGGCGUUGUAACGCGAGUCAUUGGAAAGUACGUAGGAGAAAUUAAGAUGAUCGACAGCGGGGAUGUUUUAAAGGUAGACCAGGAGGAGCUAGAGACUGUUCUUCCACAAAUAGGUGGAUUGGUUAGGAUAGUGAACGGUGCAUAUAGAGGCUCAAAUGCGAGAUUGCUUGGAAUUGAUACAAAGAAGUUCGCAGCCAAAGUCCGAGUAGAAAAGGGAAAAUACGACGGCAGAGUAUUGCCAGCUAUUGAUUAUGAAGAUGUUUCUUGAUUACGGUACUUGAUCACAGGAACAAGCUGCCUGUAUAAGAGUCUCCUUUCAACAAGAGUCCACUCUUGAGAUAUGGACUGCCCUCAAUACAUGCCUGUAUAAACCUGAAGGCGUGUUUUGACAAACAGCCUCCAACUUUUGAGGCUGUUUCUCAAAACUUGGAGGCAUUACUUGGAUGAAGACAAAAAGCUGAAAACGAUCACAUCAUAAGGUGGUUAGCGACUAGCGGAUUCGGGUGGGAAUUUGGAAGAUCAUCUUACCCCGGUAUAUCGUCAAGGCCCACACCAAGGGAAAUCGAUAGGCUAAGCUGCUGACAGAGUCUCACAAACAGUGCAAGAAGAGGAGCCGGGCUGAGCUUAAAAAGACGAAGGUGUGACGUUCAGUCGACUGAGGAUGAUGAGCUGUAGCGAAAGUUUUCCAUAUGAUUUAUGCAGUGGAUUUAGAACGCAAUCAUCACUUUCUGGAAGUUUGAUUGUGCUUUCAGUUGACAGUUCGCAGCUUUAGAGUUUUAGUACCGGAACAAACUUGGCACAGAGCUACAUCGUACAUUGCAAAUUCACUUUUCUGUCCACUCGGAUGUUUGUUAGAGUCUCAGACUUAUUUGAAUUAUGAAUCUGAAUCCUUCGA